GAAAAUGUGUUCAUGUCCGAUGAUGAAUUAUCAUAAAAUAGACUUUAAUACAAAAGAUGGCUGGUGGAGAUAAGGGUAAGGGUCACGCAGAGCAAACAAAGUCCAAUACUGGGAAGUGGAAAGAACUCUCUAGGUUGCGACAUGCCAUCCUUGGUGGUGGUAGAUCAAGCGGCACAUCGGUCAGCGCAUUUGCGAGUGCACCAGGCAGCGCCUCAGGCAGCGCAUCAGCGAGGGCAUCAGGUACUGCCACUGUCAGAGUGCCUACUGGGCCUCACGGCAUGAAUGUCACUAGCACCUCUUCCGGAGGGUUUACACGUUCCACUGAUGAGUCCAGGAUGCACGAUGAUGAGAGCAUGGACUCAGACGAGUCGAUAGAGCACGAGCAUGACGAUGCUAUGAACCUGGGACCGAGCAGGCUCGAUCCAACAGGGGGUAGUUGGAAGAGCCUAAGCGACGCGACUGUGGACUUUUACUGGAGAGAGUUUAAGAAACAUGCCACUUGGGACCCUCGCAUUGAUGAUAGCGUUAUGUUCCGUNGGAAGGAGCAAAACUACGUAGCCAUGCAAGAGGCAGUUCGUGAAGAGGGCUUAAAUGUGACACCUGACGAGAUUUUUCUAUCUACAGUCGGAGGACAUGAUGCCAAGAAUCGUGUUCAUGGUGUUGGAGAUCUCGCACGGAGCCUACCACGAAUGCAUGCAAGUGAGGCAAGACAUGCUAGCACCAGCUCUAUGUGGGACUCUCGAGAUGAUGAGAUUCGGAGGUUGAGAGAAGAGCUAGAUGAAAUUAGGGCUUCCCAAGCUCGUGAAUUAUUGUCGACUAGAGAAGAGAUGACCCGACUUUAUGGAGGAGUUUUCCCACAUGGAAAUGGAGAAGGCGGUGGAGAUGGAGGAGGGGCGGGAUUUGCAGGAGCUUGUUGAGUGUUAUAUUAGAAUUGAAGAACAAUAUAUUAAACUUAAGUUUUAUGG